AUGAAGUGUUUCGUAGUGUUGUCAGUGGUACUGGUGCUGUGUCUGAGUGCUGUCCAAAGCGCCAAACCAGUGAAAAGAUCAGCCGGUGUUGGGUUCACAGGGGGUCGUAUCGUAGGGGGUAGGGAUGCGACUGAAGGUCAGGCCCCCUGGCAGGCCUCACUGCUAGUGAACGGGUGGUUCGGGUGGAGUCACAACUGCGGCGGCACUUUAACGGGCAAAAAAUCGGUCGUAACGGCUGCUCAUUGUACGGAAGGUUACACCAAAGACACCUUAAAAAUACAAUACGGAGGACUCGAUAGGACUGCAUUGACAUACGACAACCCCAUUGCCCAGAUAAAUGAGCAUGAUCAGUGGAAUAAGCCGAGUCAAUUUGACUACGACUACGCGGUCAUCAACUUAGAGCGUGACAUCGAAGUGGGCGGUAAUGUCGGGACACUAGAGUUGGCACAAACCGAGCCUAAGACGGGGGAUAAGGCAGACCUGACCGGAUGGGGCGCCACCUCAUACGGCGGUGCACUACCGAUAGAGGUCACCCCCAGAAUGAUAUGCACCCGGAAUCCCACGGCCAGUGUUUGCGGCGGUGACUCUGGUGGACCAUUAGUAUCCGGUGGCAAACUGGUGGGCAUUGUCUCCUGGGGACGCAGUGGCUGUCCGGCCGACACCCAGACCUCCCCUAACGCCUACGCAAAUGUGGCUAACCUUGUGGACUGGCUUCAGGAGAAAAUUGUCUAA